AUGUCUAAAGAAAGUCCCAGAGCUAAGUUUCUCGCUGAGUUCCCUGAAUUAGUUCAGGAGCUAAAAUCAGAGCUGGUUCGCUAUGGCAUGCCUGCCGAGGCCAUCAAGUGGUACGAGGACUCGCUGAACUACAACACUCCAGGCGGUAAGCUGAACAGAGGUCUAUCGGUAGUCGAUACUUAUGCCAUCUUGAAGGGUUACCAGUCCGUCGACGAGCUAUCUCCGGAUGUCUACAAGAAGGUUGCCCUUCUAGGAUGGUGUAUCGAGCUCUUGCAGGCUUACUUCCUGGUUGCCGAUGACAUGAUGGACCAGUCUAUCACCAGAAGAGGCCAGCCAUGCUGGUACCGUGUCAAGGAGGUGGGUGACAUCGCCAUCAAUGACGCCUUCAUGCUGGAGGCUGCCAUUUACGUGAUUUUGAAGAAGCAUUUCAAACAGGAGCCCUAUUACGUCGAUCUGAUCGAGCUUUUCCACGACGUUACGUUCCAGACCGAACUGGGCCAGCUGUUGGAUCUGAUCACCGCGCCGGAGAACAGCGUGGACCUGUCCAAGUUCUCGCUGGAAAAGCACUCCUUCAUCGUCACCUUCAAGACCGCAUACUACUCCUUCUAUCUUCCAGUCGCCCUGGCCAUGUACGCGGCCGGCGUGAGCGACCCCCAGGACCUGAAGCAGGCCCACGACGUGCUGAUCCCACUGGGCGAGUAUUUCCAAAUCCAAGACGACUACUUGGACUGUUUCGGCACCGCCGAGCAGAUCGGAAAGAUCGGAACCGACAUCCAGGACAACAAAUGUUCCUGGGUCGUGAACAAGGCCCUCAAGCUCGCCAGCCCUGAACAAAGAAAGAUCCUAGACGACAACUACGGCAGAAAGGACGCCGAGUGUGAGGCCAGAUGCAAGAAGCUGUUCCGCGACCUGAACAUCGAGACCCACUACCGCGAGUACGAGGAAAAGAUCGCGCAAGAGCUCAAGGACAAGAUCGCGCAGACCGACGAGUCUCGCGGCUUCAAUGCUGACGUUCUCACCGCCUUCUUGAACAAAGUCUACAAGAGAACCAAGUAA